AUGAGUGAUGAUGACUUUUUCCAAGACAAAGGCAGCAGCUCGUUACAGUACAUCAAGUGCAAGACCAGCACAAAGAUUGAUGAUAUUUUGAAGAGGCGAAAGAAUAAGUUAAUCAACGAGGAGAACGAUAAGCGGAGCCAGAAUGAGGCGUCCUCCCCCCAAUAUAACCCAACAGUUCGAAAUGAAAAGGAAGAACACACCGAAGGAAGCAGACGCGGAAAUGAUGAAGGGUACUUUGAAUUGGAAGAAAAAAGUGACAAUGAAGAAAGGAGAAGCAGCUACCAACUUGAGGAUGUGAAUAAAUAUCUGAUAAGGCAUAGUGAUGCAAACAUGUUGGAUGAGGACAGAGAGCUGAAGUUGGGCAGAAAUUACACACAAGACAGAUAUAGCUUAGGGAAGAAAAGUUUCACAAAGGAUUCUAUUAAGGAUAUUUUUUCCUAUGAUGAAAAAUUAAAAAAGGGGAACAUUAAAAGUUGCAUCAAUUUAUCCACCUUUGAUGAUACAAAAAGGAGUCCAUUAGGAGCGUCAAAAUUGUUGGAGCAUUUAAACGUAGAGGGAAAAGAAAAGAGUAGUAGUCCAUACCAUCAGCAUAAUGGGGAAGAAGGGAACGUAGGUUACGGAGAGGAUAUCCUUGGGGGUAACUUAAAGAACAUAUAUAAGACUCCCAGUACAGAGGUCCUUUUGAGAGAGAUAAGAAGUAAAGGGGAUGAGGACGGCAGGAUUCUUCACGACGGUGAGGAUGUGGAAGGGGAAUUUCAUAAAGGGUAUGAUGAAAACAAGGAAGAAAUUUUUGCAAACUUAAAUAAGAUGUACCUAAACGAUGUAGAUUUAAAUAAAACUCCAAGUAAAAGUUUCUCGAAGAGCUAUUUUGAUUAUUUAAAGUUCGAAACAGCUGGGAAGAUGAAUAUGAGCGAACUGGAGACUCCUGCUAAUUUGAAAGAGGACAAAGAUGAAGAGGGGACGAACACACCAUUUAUUACAUAUUAUUUGGCUGGAAAGACGAGCAAAAAUGGACUUGAGCAGGAGGGAAAUGUACAUUAUCCUUGUGAUGAUGAAAAAGGUGGAGUUGUCCACCCUGGGGCGGAGGCUGAAAAGGGUAGUGGCAGUUAUUUGCCACCAAGCGAGAAUCCACAAAUAAUUGAAGACUUAAUUUCGAAAGGAGAACAGGACAAAAAAAGGGAUAGCCAUUUUGUUACGGAGGAAGAAGUGAGUGCUGUUUCCCAUUUGGAUAAAUUUAAAAGUAUGGUCUCUAACCAAGGGGAUGAUACUAAAUAUAGAAGGAGCUACAAUGGAGGGGGCGGAGGAGGAGGAGGAGGAGGAGAGAGUGGGACCCUUCUGAAGGCUUCCACAUCGCAAAAGUACAAUUUUGUAAAGACUAAAGAGGAAUACAAUGAAAUAAUGAGGGGAAAAUAUGGACGAGAUGAAAUUGGAAAAGGUAGUGCAACCACUACUGGAAGGAUUGCAGAGAAUAGAGGCGUAAAUUUUUUGGGCAAUUUUGUCUCAAACAAUAACGUCAGUUUUAAUGACAAUAUAUUUUGUUCAAAUCAAUUUCAUAUAAUAAAUACGAAAUCGUUUCGGGAAAACCUGUUCGCCGAGUCCAAGCAGUGUGACAGGGAGAGAACCAUGCCGCUACAGAUGAUGAAGCAUGUAAGUGACGCGUUACCCCACGGGUGUGAUUUGGGAAGAAGUUUGAUGUUAAGAGACAUGUCGCUAGCUAAUUCAAUAAUGGAGAAGCCAGGCGUCCACGAGGUCUCCUUUGGGGAAGGCGCGUUGCACAGGGGAGGAGACUACCAAUAUGCCAGCCCAUGGAAUGGUAAGGUAGAUACCCAUGAUGACAGACCCUUUGAUGUAAGCAAAAACAAUUUGGUGGUUAACUCCAUGAUGUUGCAAAGGUCUCAAACAGGAAUUAACCAAAUAGACCAAUUUGCAAUUCAUAGGAGUGCCAGUUUUGGGGAUAUAAAAAAAAGCACCAGUUUGGUAAACAAGUUUGAUAAGGACCCACACACAGAUGUGUAUGUUCGUGAAUACAGCACGGGGGUUGAUAACCCUCCUGUUCGUUUUAAUUCUUUAAAAAGGAGCACUGUAAAUUUAGCUAGCCACGAGGAAGAGAACCAUAGCAGAUGGAGCAAAAGUGAGCAUAACAUAAACGCUGGUGACCACACAGAGGUGAGCAAGAAUGUCAAUUACAAUAAUGAAAGGAGCUAUAACACUAUGAAAGAGAUGGAUUCGGAGGAGGGAACAAUAAUACGUGGAAGCGAUCUGUCCAACGCGAAAAACGGAAUCAUUUUCACCAAAUUGAGCAAUUUGCACAAGCAUAGCGAUGAUGAGAGGGAUGUUCUUCACAACACCAGCAAAUACUCAAUCGAAGGCAGAGAGAAAAAAAAAAACUUCUCCAAUAGUUCUGAACAUGUAUAUCUGAGGAGUAGUCAUUAUAACGAUGUAGGGGAGAGAAGACCAAAUUAUGCAAAUGCGGUUAAGAAAAAAAAAAACAUCACCGUAGAUAUUGGAGGUGUUAAUAAGCAUACGUACGAUGGUGUUGUGGGCUUUGUGGACAUAAACAAAUCACAUGAAUUGCCAUCCUUCUUUGAGAAAGCACACAUGGGUAAUUGUGAAGAAGGGAGUGUAAUGCAUAGAAGUGUGGCCAGUAAACACGCCAAUGCCAUUAUACCUGCUGAUGGAAUGACGAAUGCGCAUAUGGAUGAGGGCAAUGGAAUGAGUUUUUAUAAUGGUUCCUUUGUGGGGAGGGAAUUACUUCCUGUGGGGAGCAAAAGUGGUUUGAACAAGUUAGGCGAGACUGCCGAUUUCGGAGGGAAAGAGAGCAGUGAUUUCUCCGAAUCAAGAAAUACCGACAACACGGUUAGGAUAAUCUCUGGAGAGGGUUACGUUUCUGACAGGAGGAGGGAAGUCAUGGACGGGCGUGACUUGAGGCAGUAUUGGUUCGACUACAUAAAUAGCAGCUUUGGUAGCGUCAAUGCGAAUGAUAUACGGGGGUUGAUAUUUGGCAGUUCGCAGGGACGCAUCGAUAGUAGUGCUGCUAACAAACACUUCGGGCCCAUAUCACACCAGACGCAACACUCUGCGUGUGCAGUGCCUGGGGACGUCUCCACCAACCGCAUUAAUGAAGACGUACUGGCAGAACUGAUCAGGGAAAAAAUAAAGGACAGCAUAAAUGACGUUGUUGAGAGGUUGCUGAGUAGGAGGGGCAAUACGGACAUAGACAGCAAGGAUGUUCUGGGCGAAGUUGAAAGGGAGCCAAAUUUGAGUCAUGCAUCGAAGCGUGACCAGGGGGGGAUAGACGAAGAUGUCGCGCCAGUUGAAGGGGGCGCAGGGGAGCUGAGAGAGAAGAACAGCACUCUUAUUUGUAACAACGGAGUGAAUCAAACCAUAGGUAAACAAUAUGGAGACGAGGUUCAAUCAUCACAGGGCAGUCAACACAUGGGAAGGGAACCGAACAAAGAAACUGUUAUGCUGGAUGAAGAAGAUGUUAACGAAAUUGAGAAGCUGAAUAAUCAUCUCAAAUUGAAUAAAAUAAAAAAAAAAAUAAAAUUGCCAAAAGAAGACAAAGAAAAGAAUCAAGUGAAAUGGAAAAAUGUCCUGUAUAAUUGUAUAGAUAUAAUUUACUUGUUGACGAAUGAAAAUAAUGCGAAAAAUAAAAAAAUGAACUCCUUGUUAGGAGAAAUAAACAAGCUGAACGAAUAUGAAAAGAAGAUAGAGAAUCUGAAUGAAGAGAAUGAAAAAUUGAAAAUAGAAGUGCUGCAAAAGAACGAACUUGUGAAAAAGAAAGACAUUAAGGAAAGGACAAACUUAAAUCUUAAAAUAGCUGAACAAGGAAAAAAAAUUGCUAAUUAUGAGAAGGACAUUAAUAUAUAUAAAAAUAAAGUCAACAAACUGAAUCACAAAAUAAGUAGCAAGGAUAGCGAAUUGGACAAGUUGAAAAAGCAGUACCAGGUAGUAUUGGACGAAAUUGACAAGUGCAAACAGGAUGCAGCUGCUACUGUGAAGCAGGUACUGAACAAAAAGCACACCACUCUGGUUGAUAAGCAAUGCCUAGACAUUUCGAAGCAUUACGAGGUUGAGAUGUGCAUGCUUAACAAAGAGAUCAGGAAUUUGAAGGACCUGCUUAAAAAUUUAAAUAAAACUCCAAGUAAAAGUUUCUCGAAGAGCUAUUUUGAUUAUUUAAAGUUCGAAACAGCUGGGAAGAUGAAUAUGAGCGAACUGGAGACUCCUGCUAAUUUGAAAGAGGACAAAGAUGAAGAGGGGACGAACACACCAUUUAUUACAUAUUAUUUGGCUGGAAAGACGAGCAAAAAUGGACUUGAGCAGGAGGGAAAUGUACAUUAUCCUUGUGAUGAUGAAAAAGGUGGAGUUGUCCACCCUGGGGCGGAGGCUGAAAAGGGUAGUGGCAGUUAUUUGCCACCAAGCGAGAAUCCACAAAUAAUUGAAGACUUAAUUUCGAAAGGAGAACAGGACAAAAAAAGGGAUAGCCAUUUUGUUACGGAGGAAGAAGUGAGUGCUGUUUCCCAUUUGGAUAAAUUUAAAAGUAUGGUCUCUAACCAAGGGGAUGAUACUAAAUAUAGAAGGAGCUACAAUGGAGGGGGCGGAGGAGGAGGAGGAGGAGGAGAGAGUGGGACCCUUCUGAAGGCUUCCACAUCGCAAAAGUACAAUUUUGUAAAGACUAAAGAGGAAUACAAUGAAAUAAUGAGGGGAAAAUAUGGACGAGAUGAAAUUGGAAAAGGUAGUGCAACCACUACUGGAAGGAUUGCAGAGAAUAGAGGCGUAAAUUUUUUGGGCAAUUUUGUCUCAAACAAUAACGUCAGUUUUAAUGACAAUAUAUUUUGUUCAAAUCAAUUUCAUAUAAUAAAUACGAAAUCGUUUCGGGAAAACCUGUUCGCCGAGUCCAAGCAGUGUGACAGGGAGAGAACCAUGCCGCUACAGAUGAUGAAGCAUGUAAGUGACGCGUUACCCCACGGGUGUGAUUUGGGAAGAAGUUUGAUGUUAAGAGACAUGUCGCUAGCUAAUUCAAUAAUGGAGAAGCCAGGCGUCCACGAGGUCUCCUUUGGGGAAGGCGCGUUGCACAGGGGAGGAGACUACCAAUAUGCCAGCCCAUGGAAUGGUAAGGUAGAUACCCAUGAUGACAGACCCUUUGAUGUAAGCAAAAACAAUUUGGUGGUUAACUCCAUGAUGUUGCAAAGGUCUCAAACAGGAAUUAACCAAAUAGACCAAUUUGCAAUUCAUAGGAGUGCCAGUUUUGGGGAUAUAAAAAAAAGCACCAGUUUGGUAAACAAGUUUGAUAAGGACCCACACACAGAUGUGUAUGUUCGUGAAUACAGCACGGGGGUUGAUAACCCUCCUGUUCGUUUUAAUUCUUUAAAAAGGAGCACUGUAAAUUUAGCUAGCCACGAGGAAGAGAACCAUAGCAGAUGGAGCAAAAGUGAGCAUAACAUAAACGCUGGUGACCACACAGAGGUGAGCAAGAAUGUCAAUUACAAUAAUGAAAGGAGCUAUAACACUAUGAAAGAGAUGGAUUCGGAGGAGGGAACAAUAAUACGUGGAAGCGAUCUGUCCAACGCGAAAAACGGAAUCAUUUUCACCAAAUUGAGCAAUUUGCACAAGCAUAGCGAUGAUGAGAGGGAUGUUCUUCACAACACCAGCAAAUACUCAAUCGAAGGCAGAGAGAAAAAAAAAAAACUUCUCCAAUAG